AUGAGGUGUUAUCCUUUUUCCCAGCUUGUUUGCAAGUAUACACGUUCUUAUCUUCUUGAGUCAAUAAGCAUAUAUGGUUCUUUGCUUUUCCAGUUAUCAUGAGCUUAUGCUUCCUCUGUUCAAAUGUAAAGCCUUUGACAUCACUAACAGAACCCGAUUUCCGAUCGUUUCUCAAACCUACCCGGCAACUCCGAUUCAUCAAUCAGCGGCGAAGAAAUGACGUUUUCUGUGGUUCGAUUAGAGCUGUUGAAGAGGGAAGCGAGCACUUAAACGCGGACAGUACCGUUCCCGUUCGCAUUCCGUUGAUUGAGACCGUAAGUGAAGAUGGAUUGGAGGAUCUCUACGAAGGGUUCAAUGUAGCUUCAAGUAUCGAAGCAGAAGAAAAUGCUCAAAGACGGGCGUCGAAGAGGACUCAGAGGAAGCAAGGACGAGAGACUGAAGAUAAAGAUGAGGAUUUUGAAGAGAAAGCCUACAUAGUAGGAGUUGCGUGCAAAAGCAGUACGGAUGAUUCCUUUGGUAUAGAGGAAUCACUGAAAGAGCUGGCCCAACUGGCUGACACCGCUGGACUAGUGGUUGUUGGUUCUACAUAUCAAAAACUAUCCACUCCAAACCCUAGGACAUAUAUAGGAUCUGGUAAGGUCUCAGAAGUGAAGAGUGCAAUCCAUUCCUUGGGAGCUGAGUCUGUAAUAUUUGAUGAUGAACUUUCACCAGGGCAGUUGCGAAACUUGGAGAAAUGUUUUGGGGUAGAUGUCAGAGUUUGUGAUCGUACUGCUCUCAUACUGGAUAUAUUUAACCAACGAGCAGCUACUCGUGAGGCUUCACUACAGGUUUCAUUAGCACAAAUGGAGUAUCAGUUACCUCGGCUGACAAGAAUGUGGACUCACCUUGAGCGUCAAGCUGGAGGGCAGGUCAAAGGUAUGGGUGAGAAACAAAUUGAAGUCGACAAGCGUAUAUUGCGUACUCAAAUUGGCGUUCUCAAGAAAGAGCUAGAAUCUGUUCGGAAGCAUAGAAAACAGUACAGGAACCAACGCACCUCUGUUCCUGUCCCUGUUGUGUCUUUGGUUGGAUACACUAAUGCGGGAAAGAGUACACUGCUGAAUAGGCUGACAGGGGCUGAUGUUCUUGCUGAGGAUAAGUUAUUUGCCACACUUGAUCCUACGACAAGAAGGGUUCAGAUGAACAAUGCUAGAGAGUUUCUUCUGACAGAUACAGUUGGGUUCAUUCAAAAGUUACCAACUACGCUGGUUGCUGCCUUUAGGGCAACAUUGGAAGAAAUAUCUGAAUCAUCACUUUUGGUGCAUUUGGUGGACGUCAGUCAUCCACUGGCAGAGCAACAAAUUGAAGCGGUGGAUAAAGUUCUUUCAGAAAUUGGCGCGUCUUUGAUUCCAAAGCUGAUGGUAUGGAAUAAGGUUGAUAGAGUUUCAGAUCCAGAAAAGAUCAAGUUGGAAGCCAAGAGAAAAAAUGCUAUUUGUAUAUCCGCUUUUACCGGUGAAGGGUUAGAUGAGUUUUGUAAUGCUAUUCAGGAUAGGCUGAAGGAUACUAUGGUCUGGGUUGAAGCUUUGGUACCUUUUGACAAAGGGGAACUCCUCAGUACCAUACAUCAAGUUGGAAUGGUUGACAGAACCGAGUACACUGGAAGUGGAACCGUGGUGAGAGGGUAUGUGCCCCUCCGUUUGGCAAGGAUUCUCACCCCAAUGAGGCAUAUGCGUGUGUCAUAAUAUCUUCCCGGCGUCAUGUUUCUGAUUCUGUUUUCACAAAACAAAGUUUGUGUACAUAAAACAGGAACGAGUAUCCCUGAAGGUUGUGCAUAUAAAUGGCAGUGUCUUCUUAGAUCCGGUCAAAGUGUGAUAAUUUAUCUGUUUUGCAGAUAUCAAUUUACGCGUGUAUACUUUAUCUGUUUGAGUUGGUCAAGUGGCUUUUUUUAAACACAAUCCGUUGACUUGAUUAUAUAUGGUGAAUUUAAUUAAGC